AUGGCUGAGAGAGACGCGUUGAGUGAGGGGAUGAGUAAGCUGGAGUUGCAAGAGAACGGGUACGUUCCACCGCACCUGCGCGGCGGCAGGGGAGGUAGACAGCAACGUGAGGGCGGUGGAGGCCGCGGUGGCGGCGGUGGGGGUCGCGGUGGGUUCUUUGCGGGCGGCGGGUCGUCGUUCUUUGGUAGUGGGGGGGACUCCAGGAGACGCGGCGGCGGUGGUGGUCGUGGGGGUGGAGGUUCCUGGUCUAAGGGGAAGCACUUUCCCGGGGCGAGAAACGAGCGGCUCGAGUUGGAACUGUUUGGGCCCAAGGAUGGCACUGCGUCGCAGCACUCCGGUAUUAACUUCGACAACUACGACGAUAUCCCUGUCGACGCAUCCGGGACAGAAGUCCCGGACCCGAUCGAGGAGUUCACCUCCCCGCCGCUGGAGCAACUGCUCUUUGAUAAUGUGCAGAGGGCAGGGUUCUCCAAACCAACUCCAGUGCAGAAGUACUCCAUUCCAAUUGUCACCGCAGGGAGAGACCUUAUGGGAUGCGCGCAGACAGGGUCUGGGAAGACCGGUGGGUUCUUAUUCCCGAUCCUCUCCGAGAUGUUCACCGCAGGCCCGGCGCCCAAACCGCAGGCCGCUAGCGGCGGGUACUCGUACCAGCGGAAGGUGUAUCCGACGGCAUUGGUGCUGGCGCCAACGAGGGAACUCGCUACGCAGAUUUUCGAAGAGGCAAGGAAGUUCACGUACAGGUCCUGGGUGAGACCCUGCGUCGUCUACGGGGGUGCCCCCGUGGGCGCUCAGAUGGGCGAGCUAGAAAGAGGGUGCGAUUUGCUUGUGGCGACCCCGGGUCGCCUCAACGACUUGCUGGAGCGUGGGAAGAUCUCGCUCGCAAACAUCAAGUACCUUACGCUCGAUGAGGCGGACAGAAUGCUGGACAUGGGGUUUGAGCCACAGAUCAGACACAUCGUUGAGGACUGUGACAUGCCCCCCGUGAACGAGAGGCAAACACUGAUGUUCUCGGCGACCUUCCCAAGGGAUAUCCAGCACCUCGCAAGAGAUUUCUUGAAUGACUACAUCUUCCUGUCCGUCGGGAGGGUCGGAUCCACUUCGGAAAACAUUACACAGAAGGUGUUAUACGUCGACGACAUGGACAAGAAGUCCGCACUUCUCGACUUGCUCUCCUCGACAAAGGGCGGCCUCACGCUGAUCUUUGUCGAGACGAAAAGAAUGGCAGACCAACUCACGGACUUCCUGAUCAUGCAAAACAUCAGGGCAACAGCGAUCCACGGAGACAGGACCCAAAUGGAGCGUGAGCGUGCCCUGGGGGCCUUCAAGUCAGGGACCGCAGACGUGCUGGUCGCCACAGCGGUCGCCGCGAGAGGGCUCGAUAUCCCGAACGUGACACUCGUCAUCAACUAUGAUCUACCGGGAGACAUUGACGACUACGUCCACAGAAUCGGGAGGACAGGGCGUGCGGGGAACACGGGUACCGCGAUCUCGUUCUUCAACUACAACAACAACAACAUCGUCAAGGGCCUUGUCGAGAUUUUGAGCGAAGCAAACCAAGAGAUCCCCCAGUUCUUAAAGGACGCGACGAGACAGUUCGGGAGAGGCGGCGGCGGCGGCGGCGGUGGGAACAGAGGCGGCAGAGGGUUCGGAAAUCGCCGCGAGAACACCAGAGAUUUCAGGAGAUCCGGCGGUGGUGGCAACCGCGGAGGUGACUCAUGGGGCGGCGGAGGCCGUGGUGGUGACUCCUGGGGUGGCCGCGGAGGAGGAGGCGGCGGCGGGUCCGGCUGGGGGAACGGUUUUAGAAACGACGAUUCCUACGGCAGAGACCGGCCAAGUUCAGGCUCAGGAUCCGGUUCGUGGUGGUGA